UACCGUUUAUGCCAACACUGAAAGAGAAAAAAAAGAGAGAAAAGUUCGUUGAAGAAAAGUAAAGCAGGCUUGCAGAGACUUCCCUCUUUCAUCUUCUCAGAUCUGAUUUCUGUAAUUUUUCCAGAUCUCGACUACUUCCAAUCUCCGAUUCAGUUCUUCGGUGUUUCUCGAUUAUUCCCUUGUUAGGAUUCAGAGAUCUAGUGAGAGAAAUAGUUGUUAUUCUGAUCAUUUUCUGCUUUUCUGAAUUAAAAAUCAAAAUUUGGCGGUGAAGGAGGUCUUGAAUCUGUUGAUGGACUCUACACACCCUUAAAGGUAAAGGAUUGUGAGGUUGAGGAUUGUUGAUAGAUGGAAGAGGUACGUACCCAAGUUGCCCCUCAAAUUUUCAUCCACCAAACCCUAGCUGGUCAUUUCUGUGAGGGGCAUCCCAUGGCGAAGAAGCGGAGUCUACCCUAUUUUCAGCAGCAGCAGGAGCAACAGCAACGGUUCACCACAGGGUUCCAAAACCCUAGAGAAGGCUGGAACCCCAAGGCCUGGGAUUGGGACAGUACGAGGUUCGUCGCUAAACCGUUGGAAUCGGAGGUGUUGCGUUUGGGUACGGUGACAUCUAUCCAGGCCGAACAGCAACAGGGGAAAAGAGAUGAAGUGAGUGGUGUAGUUCCUAUGAUGUUGAAGAAGAAGUCUGUGAACGAAGACGAUGAGAGGCUUCGAUUGAAGCUUGGCAGUGGAGGUGGCAGUGGCGGUGGCGGUGUUGGUGUUGAUUCUAUUGAGGGGCACGUUUCAAGGCCAAGCAAGAGGGUCCGAUCUGGAUCUCCCGGUGGCUCUACCUAUCCAAUGUGUCAGGUUGAUAAUUGCAAGGAAGAUCUGUCCAAUGCGAAAGACUAUCACCGGCGGCAUAAGGUGUGUGAGGUGCACAGCAAAUCGAGUAAAGCCCUAGUGGGGAAGCAGAUGCAGAGGUUCUGUCAACAGUGUAGCAGGUUUCAUCCUCUUUCAGAGUUUGAUGAGGGAAAACGAAGCUGUAGGCGUAGACUUGCUGGGCACAACCGGCGAAGGAGGAAAACUCAGCCAGAGGAUGCUACCUCGCGGCUGUUGCUCCCUGGGAACCAUGAGAACACUAACAAUGGAAAUUUGGAUAUUGUCAAUUUGCUAGCAGUUUUAGCUCGUGCUCAAGGGAAUAAUGGUGACAAAAGCGGCAAUUGCUCAGCAGUACCUAAUAAAGACCAGCUCAUUCAGAUUCUUAGCAAGAUAAAUUCAUUACCUUUGCCGGCAGACUUCAUAGAAAAACUGCGGAAGUCGGGAAGUUUUAAUAGGAGGAUUCCAGAACAAAUGUCCUCAGGUAAUGGAAACAGAGUGAACGAAGAAGCAUCUUCUCAGUCGACGAUGGACUUGCUCGCUGCUCUUUCAGGUACUUUAAAAACAUCUGCUCCUGAUGCUCUUGCAAUUUUCUCUCAAAGAAUCAGUCAGAGCAGUGAGGCUGACAAAACAAAGCUGGCCUCCCUGGACCAAAGUAAAGGUCUCAAUUUACAAAAGGGACCUACUUUGGAGUUUCCUGCAACUGGAGGGGAGAGAAGUAGCACCAGUUACCAGUCUCCAACUGAAGAUUCAGAUUGCCAGGUUCAGGAAACUCAAGUAAAUUUGCCGUUACAGCUCUUCAGUUCCUCUCCUGAAAAUGAUAGCCCACCAGAAUUUGCAUCUACUAGCAAAUACUUCUCUUCUGACAGCAGUAAUCCCAUGGAAGAGAGGUCACCUUCAUCUUCUCCUCCUGUUGUGCAAACGCUGUUCCCAAUGAAGACCUCAAGAGAAAAUGAGAGGUCCGAGAAGAUGUCAUUGAGUAGAGAGGUUAAUGCAAAUAUUGGAGCUAGGAAUCGUGGUUGCAAUAUGCCUCUUGACCUUUUUGGAGGGUUAAAUAAAGGUGGUAACAAUAAUUCAUUUCAAAGUUCUCCAUACCAAGCAGGGUACACAUCUUCGUCUAGGUCCGAUCAUUCACCUUCUAGUUUGAAUUCUUAUGCUCAGGAUCGAACUGGGCGAAUAAUUUUCAAACUGUUUGACAAGGAUCCCAGUCAGUUACCAGGGACGUUGCGAACACAGAUAUACAAGUGGCUUUCUCACAGUCCCUCAGAAAUGGAGAGCUACAUUAGGCCUGGUUGUGUGGUUCUAUCAAUUUACGUAUCGAUGUCAUCUGCUGCUUGGGAGCAACUUGAAGAAAACCUUCUCCAGCGUGUUAAUUGUUUGGUUCAAGAUUCUGAAUCUGAGUUUUGGAGAAGUGGUCGGUUUUUAGUUCAUACAGGCAGGCAGUUAGCUUCGCAUAAAAACGGAAAGAUUCGCGUCUGCAAAUCAUGGAGAUCAUGGACUUCCCCGAAAUUGAUCUCAGUUUCUCCUUUGGCAGUUGUGGGUGGGCAAGUGACCUCUCUUUUAUUGAGAGGGAGAAAUCUAAGUACUGCUGGCACCAAGAUUCGCUGUACUCAUAUGGGUGGAUACAUCUCGAAGGAAGCUCCGGUACGGGCUUGUCAGGGCACUGUAUAUGAUGAGAUAAGCUUGGGCAGCUUCGAAAUACAUGGCACUGCUUCUAAUGUACUAGGUCGCUGUUUUAUUGAGGUUGAGAAUGGUUUCAAAGGCACCUGCUUUCCUGUAAUAAUUGCUGAUGCUUCCAUCUGUUAUGAAUUGAGACUCCUUGAAUCUGAAUUUGAUGCGUCAAAGGUGCAUGAUACCAUUUCCGAGGAACCUCCUGUUGAUUUUGGGUGGCCCAGGUCAAGGGAGGAAGUCCUGCACUUCUUAAAUGAACUUGGAUGGCUAUUUCAAAGAAAGAGGAUCUCUUCCACACUUGAGGUUCCUGAUUAUAAGCUUACCCGGUUCAAAUUUCUAUUCAUUUUCUCAGUUGAAAGAAAUUGCUGUGCACUGGUGAAAACCCUCCUAGACAUACUACUGGAAAGAGACUUCGGCGGGAAUGGACCAUCAGUUGAGUCUUUGGAGAUGCUGUCAGAGAUUCACCUCUUGAACAGGGCAGUAAAGAGGAGGUGUAGGAAGAUGGUUGACUUGCUUAUACAUUAUUCUGUACUCAAUAGUAAUGAGAUUUCCAGAAAGUAUAUUUUCCCUCCAAACCUUGUUGGACCUGGUGGUAUUACACCUUUACAUUUGGCUGCUUGCAUGUCAAGUUCAGAUGACCUGGUUGACACUUUGACAAGUGAUCCGGAGAAGAUUGGGCUGCACUGCUGGAGUUCCCUGCAUGAUGCCAAUGGGCUCUCUCCAUAUGCAUAUGCCUCGAUGAGGAAUAACCACUCUUAUAACACACUGGUGGCUCAGAAGCUUGCUGACACAGAAAAUGGUCAAGUAUCUGUAUCAAUUGUGAAUGAAAUAGUGCGACAAUGCUCUGCAUCAGAUCAGGACCGCAGGCCUAGUUCUCAAAUCAAGCAAGGGCAAAAAUCUUGUUCCAAGUGUGCAGUUGUGGCUGCAAAAUACAACAGAAGGAUUCGAAGUUCACAAGGCUUGCUUCACCGUCCCUAUAUUCAUUCAAUGCUUGCCAUUGCAGCUGUGUGUGUUUGUGUCUGCCUGUUCUUGCGUGGCUCCCCAGACAUUGGCAAAGUUGCUCCCUUCAAGUGGGAGAAUUUGGGUUAUGGCCCAAUUUAGUUCGAAGAGUAAAACUAUAUACUUAUUUAAAGGAUGAGCAUAAAUAAGGAAGUAGUGAAGUUACGAAGGGCGAGAGAAGUUCAUUCAGAUGCUGUUUGAGAAUGUAGGAAACUUUUGAGUGGGACUGGAGCAGAGAGAUGGGAUGUGCAAGGGAUGAUGAAGACAGCUGUAUCGUUCAAUUUAGAUGCUGCAUAUUUCUUCCUAAACCUGGGAUUUGGUAUCUUUUGAGAUUCGGCCUUCAAAUAGGUCCAUUUGUGAUGGAGAAUAGAUUUAUUAUUCUACAUUAGACGGUGGGAAUGAAAGGCAGAGAGAUAAACCAAUCAUGUGAAAGUGAAGCAUUGGAGGUCCAGGCUAAAGAGAGAGAGAGAGCAUAAAUACUGACUGCAGAUUGGAGUUCAUCACUGUAAAGUCAAUCGGUAGGUUCAUUCAGGAAUUAAUUACAAUAUUUAUAUAGUUGAAUAGUGAAAUAUUUAUUCAAGUACAUUCACAAUAAACAGAGGUCGUGUCUUUUUCAUUUCUGAGAGUAUUUGGAUUUUUUUUUUAACUUUUCUGAAUAUUUUGCAACCCUUAGGUAGUAUCUUCAGAUAUGUAUUCUUAGGGAGUUAACAUGAAUGGUUUUCUGUAUCAGGUAAACGGAGUGUUUUUAUCAGAAAGAAGAUAGUUUAUUACCCGCCGUGUAGGAUGGUGAAUGGAUUCUGUUAUAAGAUAUUCGGAUUUUUUUAUAA